UAAAGUAGCAACAAGUGGAGGAGCAGCAACGCACAAUCACAGCUACUGUUGAUAUUAGCAGAAAACGUUAUUAUUCAAAAUGAUUUAGCGCACAGCAAGUGUUUACCUUAGAUUUAAGUUUGCAUUCAUACUUACGUUUACAUUAGCACUUUAUAUAUCACAGAAGUAGCGCUUGUCAAUAUAUGUGAAUGAGUUCUGCUAACUGAAGCAACAUGACUGAUCAGGACUGCUUUGGGAUUCUGGACUCUGAGUUUGAUCAUUACCUGGUGGACAUGAAGCCGUAUGUGCUUAAACUCACUGACAAGACAGCAGAACGCCAGAGUUGUGCGCUGUGGAUUAAAAAGUUGUGUGAUCCUGUGACCUGUGGCUCUGGACUGGCUGGAAGGAAAAAUCGUAACAUGUACGCCCGACUACUUCUGCACAUGCUCAGAAAAGGGGUUUUAGAGGGUCCCUUUACCCACAAACCUGAAGCAGGCAGCCUCAAGACUUUACCAACGUACAUGUCCAUCUAUUUCGAUGAGCCGUUGCUGGGCAGGUCACAGGAGCAGAGAUCUGCAGUGCUGCCAGACUGGGUAUCUGGGGAGUUGGGUCAGACUGAUGCCUCAUGGUCCACCUCGCCCCUCUCAAACACACACAGGAAGAGGAAUUUGUUUGGCGAUAAGUCACCAACCAGACCCCUGUCCUCAAGUCCCGUCAAACGUGAUGUCAAGGAUGAUGGCAAGAUGGCGGAGGCACACAGGAGGCCGCCCAUCUCCUCUGAUGAUAGUGACUUUGAGGCUCGCUUCAACAGCUGGAACCUUGGGAUCGAAAACCCCAGAUAUCUACGUGAGAACCCUAUCCCUCUGUCUCCGAUUUACAACAAAUCAAGUCUGGGAAAAAGCAGCACCCUUUAUGAUGAGGCUGCCCCGGUGAAAGCUGAUAAGGAGAUUGAGUUGAGGACUAAAGUCUUGGAGGCCAAACAUCAAGAGGAUACACUGAGGAUGCAGCAGAAACAUGAUGCAGAGAUUCAGAAGAUUUUGGAUCGCAAAAAUGGCGAGAUUGACGAGCUGAAGAGCAUGUAUCGUGGGAAGCAGAAGGAGGCGGAGGAGACGAUUCGGAGGCUGGAGAAGAGAGUUCAAAGCCUGCUGCGAGAGUCCCAGGUCAUCCGACAGACCAAAGAGAAACAGAUCAGCGAGCUGAAGAAAAUGUCUGAUCAAAGUGCUGAAUCUCUGAAAAACGAAUGGGAGAAGAAGUUGCAUGCUGUGGUGGCGGAGAUGGAACAAGAAAAGUUUGAGCUGCAGAAAAAGCACACAGACAACAUCCAGGAGCUGCUGGAGGACACCAACCAACGACUCGCCAAGAUGGAAGCUGAGUACAGCAGCCAGACGCAUGCGACUGAGCAGAUGUUGCAUGAGCUGGAGACACGGGUGAAGCAGCUCUCAGUGGAGGUGGAGAAUGGGAACCUGCUUCGGCAGAAGGUCACACAGGAGAAGGCUGAGCUAGAGAUUCAUAUCGCCUCCAUCAGCGCUGAGCUUCAAGAGGCUAACCACAGAAACAUAUCCCAGCAGAGGGAGAUUGAGCAGAUGAGAGAACAGCAUGAAGAGGCGCUGCAGAAACUUCAGGCCAGACAUAACGCUGACAUGAGCCACUUCCAGCAGGAGCAUGCCCUCUCUACAGACAAGGCAUCAGAGGUGAUUGAAGAUUUGGAACAGACUGUAAUUCACCUCAAACAGCAGAUACAGGAAGCUGAAAACAGAAGACAGAAACAGCUCAGGGACCAAGAGAAUAAGAUGCAGCAAGAGAUAACAGACCUGCAAAACAUCACUGACAGAAAGCUGCAGACGCUUCAGGCCGAGCUGGAAAAAGAGCGAGCCGACAGCAAGAGGAAGAUGAGCAAGAUGGAGGACUCACUCAGGGAAAAAGAGGAACAGCUGGUUCGUCUUCGGGACAGUCAGAGACUUCAGGCCCAGCAGGCUGAGAGCGCGCUGGAGAACUUUAAAAAGCAGGUGGAGCUCAGCUCAGAGAAGACCUACGCUGACAUGAAGCAACAGAUGGAGAAAGUAGAGGCUGAUCUGAUUCGCUCUAAAUCUCUACGAGAGAAGCAGUCUAAAGAGUUCAGUUACCAGCUGGAGGAGCUGCAGCGAAGAUACGAGCAGCAGAUUGUGGAACUGAAACUGCAGCAUGAACAGGAGCGGACGCACCUACUCCAGACACACAAUGCCGAGAAGGACAGCCUGGUCCAGGACCACCAGCGGGAAAUCGAUAGUUUGGACAAGCAGGCGAGGGCCGCCAUGGUCCAGCAGCAAACGCAAACCCAGGAGUGGAGGAAGCGCGAUGCUAAGACCAUCUCUGAUCUGGAGGCCCAGGUGCAUUCUCUGAGGAAGGAGCUAUUGGCAGCCCACAGUCAGAGGAAACAGCAGCUGACGGAGUUGGGUGUGCUGCGGGAGGAAGAGCGACAGCGGGCCACUCAGGAUCAGCAAGCAGCUGUGGACCGUCUGCGGGCCGAGAUGGAUCACGUGCGGCAGGACCUGGAAAGAACCCACAAGGCUGAAAGAGAGCUGGCCCAAGAGAAGACCAACAGCAGGUUGAAGCAUCUUGAGAAGGAAUAUAAUCAGAAGCUGGCCAAGUCUGCACAGGUGAUAGCUGAGCUGCAGACGUCUCUGAGCAGCAUCAAGGAAGACAGCCGCCAGACGCAGCAGGGUCUAGAGAGACAACUACAGGAAGCACAGAGCCGUUGGGACGAGGAGAGGAGACAGCUCAACAAAAAUGCUGACCAAACCAGCAAGGUUCUUCAAGAACGUGUGGAGACUCUGCAGAGACAGCUGCACGCCGUUGAGAAGAAGCUGAUGAGCCGCGAGUUGGAAUACCAUGAGCAGAUCACACAUGUCCGUCAGGAGUGUGAGUCGAAGAUCAAAGGCCUGAUUCCCGCAGAGCUGCAGCAGGAGCUGGAGGACACCAUCACCUCGCUUAAGUCACAGGUCAGCUUCCUGCAGAAGAGAGCGUCCGUCUUACAGGAGCAGCUAGAUGCGAGCCACAUCAGGAGGUAGUGGAUUUGUCCUCAUGCAGACUUGUAAAUGAGCCCGUCCUGAUACACAUGCGCCCAUCCUCACUCACUGCUGCUUUCAUGUUGCUUUCAUCUGAUGUGCCACUUUUUUAAAGCCAUAUUUAUGUACCAAGUCAUUGUAUUUAUAUUUUUGGAUGUUGUUGUUGUUGUUGUUGAAUUCAUUGUUAAUCGUAAUGUUCAUCUGUGAAAACCAUCAGUUGUUUUGUAUUAUUAUCAUUUUAA